UGAUUGAAGGAAAUGGACAAGAAUGAAUCUGGGUUUUGUAGCUCAUGAGAAUAUCUUGAGAGUCCCUCUGAAACACCGAAGCACCGGAAGGAGCGGACGACAACCUUGUCGCAUAUGUUGUUCUAAAACUGUCGAUUAUGAUAUAGUUGUGGUGGGAGGAGGAAUUGCUGGAUUGGCGUUCUCAGCAGCUCUAAAGACGGUCUUGAAAUGGCAAGGAUCUUUGUUGGUCAUAGAACAGUCAUCUUUAGAAGGUUUAGAAACUGGAUCUGCUUUGGGAUUAUGGACAAAUGCUUUCAAGUGUUUGGAUGCCUUGGGAGAGCAAGUGAGUCGUACUUUAAGAGAUAAAAGUUGUCCUCUUGAAGGUGUUCUUAUUCGAGACGCUGAACGAGGACGACUUCUCAAGAGCAUACCGUUGGAUAAGUGUAUUGGAGGUCCUCACGAGUUUUCAUAUGUCAGACGAAGAGAUCUUCAGGAAGAAUUACGUUCUCUUUAUCUAUCUUCACCAGAUGUAAACUACUUGGUAGGAGAAACUGUUGAGAGUGUUCGAAAGGACGACUGUAUGAUAGUCGUUUGUUCAAGUGGUAUUGAAUUGAAAUGCCACAUAGUUAUUGGUGCAGAUGGUAUCGGUUCGGUGGUUAGAAAAUGUUUGUAUCCCUGUUUAAGAUGGCCUAGAACGAUCAAGUCGAAUGGUUACAUGGCAUUUCGAGGUAUUGUCUCGCUGAACCAAUUGCCAGAAAAGGUAAUCAACGAAUUGGAGUCUUCAUGGAAGAGCCAUAUUUCUCAGAUAUGGGGAAAAGGUAUUCGUGCUGGAGUUGCACCGUUGGAUAUACAUCAUUGGUAUUGGUUUCUAACGGUAAAUGAGAAGCAGUUGAACAACUGGGAUUGUUUCCAAGGUAAUUUUCAUCUUUGUCAAGACAAACUGAGUGAAUUGCUUUUCAAUUGGGUUUAUCCACUUCCACAGCUCUUUCAGUAUACACAAGCUGAAAAUAUUCAUGUUCACAGAUGUGCAGAUUCCCUUGAUAUCCUACUACCAAGGAAAUAUUUUUCCCUUCAUAAUAGUUUUCCAGUGACCCUUAUUGGUGACGCUGCACAUCCAACUACUCCUAAUUUGGCUCAAGGAGCUGCACUUGCCUUAGAAGAUGCGUUGGUACUCGCUUGUCACGUGUAUAGUGCUUGCUCUCAGUCAGUCAACCAUGAGAUUCUACAAGAAACUUUGUACAAGUAUGAAGACGAGCGUCUGCUAAGAACGCAGCGUUUGGUUAUACAGUCUCAUGUGAUUGGAAAAUUGUUACAACUGGAAAAUAGUUGGGUUUGCUUCCUAAGAGACAAUGUCGGAACAAAAGUUUUCCUUCAACCACAAGCCUUUCUACGUCACGCUGUCUGGGAUGUACCUCCAUGUUUCCAUCCAAAUAAAUAAAUUCUUUACAGCUGUAAGAAAAGGAACCCUGAACAU